AACAAAACUAUGAUUUCAUUGUGCUUAUAUGCCAAACUUUUCAAUGCCUCUAAAAACACAAGGGGAAUUUUUGGGUGAUGCAACAUUAUGAAGCUUUGACAGAGCGGAUGGGCUGGUUCAAUCUGAUUUCACGUGAGUGAUAACACAGACUUGAUACCGCUCAAACCCAUAGUCUUCCACGGUCACCUUCUUCAGGCGUCCUUUGGUUUGGCAACUUUGAAGAUCUUCCGUGAGAUGAAUGGCUGGAAACUGAAACAUUUACCAUUGGUUGAGCCCACGGAAGUGAGGUCCAUGUGUGAAUUUUUACAGUUUCCUCUUCUCAGUGGUCUCCUUACUGACAGGAACAUUGGUCGCCAGACAGGCACACUUGUAACCAUGAUGCCGAAGCAUUACUUUCUAGGCUUCCUCAUCAGGUCCCUCCUGGCCAGUGGAACAGAAACUCAGGCAGUCCAUGGGUCUCUGAAGCCUCAGAAGGUCCAAUUUCAGUCCAGAAAUUUCCACAACGUUUUGUGCUGGCAGCCAGGGAGCUCCCUCACCGGCAAUGGCAGUGUCUACUUUGUGCAGUACAAAAUGUAUGGAGAGAGACAAUGGAAAAAUAAAACGGACUGCUGGGGAACCACAGCACUCUCCUGUGACCUGACCAAUGAAACCUUAGACCUGUAUGAGCCAUACUACGGGAGGGUGAAGACAGCCUGGGCUGGGAGGUACUCUGCCUGGAGCAGGACACCCCGCUUCACCCCGUGGUGGGAAACAAAGCUAGACCCUCCAGUCGUGACUGCAAUCCAAGGGAAUGCAUCUUUGCUGGUCCUUCUCCGUACCCCAGAGCUGCCAUACAGAAACCAACAUGGAAAAAAUACAUCUAUGGAAAGUUACUAUGACUUAGCAUACCGAGUUUUCAUAACUAACAAUUCACUGGUAAAGGAGCAAAAGGCCUAUGAAGGAACUCAGAGAACGGUUCGAAUUGAAGGUCUGAUACCCCAUUCCAGUUACUGCAUAGCAGCUGAAAUAUAUCAGCCCAUGUUAGACAGAAAAAGCCCAAGAAGUGAGCGGAGAUGUGUGAAGAUUCCAUGAGCCGGUCUGAGGCGCUCUGCAGGGCAGAAUCCAUCUGAGGAUGGGAUGGCUCCUGCCUGCAAUAGCUUGCUGAACGUCUUUUUCUAUUUUCUUAGAGCAAUGUCUACCAACACCUUUCAAGGGUUUCUCUGUCAACACUUCCUUUUCUGUUUCAGUUAUAAAGUAAAUUUGAACAGAUUCAAAAAUUAGAGUUUAAAGAAGAGGUAAAGAAUAAAGAGCUUGUGAUGGGGUGUGUCUUUAAUCCCAGCAUUGGAGAGGCAGAGGCAAGCAGAUCUCUGACUUUGGAACCAGCCUGGUCUACAUAGAGAGUUCCAGGCUAGCCAAGGCUACACAGUGAGACCCUGCCUCAAUAAAAUAAGAUAAGAUAGUAAGAUAAAGAUCUUCUAUAAAACACAGAAGUUUAUUUCUCAAUAUAGCAACCCUAACAAUAAUCUUUUUUCUGUUAAAAUUGCAAAAUAAGAAUAAAGGAAUAAGAGGCAUUUAAUAAAAUGUUGCAAUAAUUUUUAAAGCAUUAUAAACAGGCAAUCUUGCAUCAAUAUUUUUCUGCUUUGCCUUAGAUACAUUGAUUUAAUAUUUCAUAUGAAUGAAUAUAUUUCUGUACAUCUCUAUUUUACAUGAAUAUAUUUUCAUAAUUUUAUUUCUUAUGAGAUAUUUCUACUUAGUGACCAACACUUUAAAAAUAACCUCUCAUGGCCUCUGAAUUAAUCUCUAGAUUAAGAUUUUCAACAAUAGCGUGUAAAUAUUGAAGGAAGUCUCCGUAAUACAAUUUCUCCUCACUUAACACAUAAUGUUAGUAAGACUACCCUUUCUGGCUUUGUUUCUCAUAUUGCCUUAGAAUUUCCCCAUGGUGUCAAAGUGAAGCAUAUAUUUAUCAGCAGCAAAGACAGAAGAAACAUAUAGGCCACACUGAUAACUCAGCCAUUCAGGCAAAGGGGUAGCUUUCCGUUAGAAUGAUAGUUGUAUUGAGGACAGUUGGAAUCCAUGUAGAAAACGUGGCUGGAAGCUGAAGGCAGACAGUGGAUGCCUAAAUUGUUUAUGAGAUUAUAAAGGAAAUCAAAACCCUGCGAACUCCACUGCCUCUCCUGAGCAAAGCUCAGGUGGCCUAAGGCUCAGAAAGUGGCUAAAUCUUUCUGUAGCUCAUUGAACUUAAGUUAUCUGCUAGCGAGGAGACGUGUGUGAGAGAACAUUGUGAUCUUCAUGAGAGAUGCUCCAAAAUAUAACUUCUAAAAAUACAACCAGUGAUAAAUGGCCACAGAUUGUUCAAAAUGUGAGAGACGUAUGUAAAGCAAUAUCUGGAGCAUUGGCUUUGCUGUGGUGUAUGUUCAGAAAACAUUGAUUUUUUUUACUCCUAUUUUGAAUUAUUCAAUUUUUAUUUCUUUGUGUGGCUUAGUACCUUUUUUAUGCUUUUGUACUUCGGGAAGGGGAUAGCUUGAGAAGGAGGACCCCAUCAUUGGCACACUUGAUGACACAUCAGGAGCAUGUGUCACAAUGGCAGCAGUGAGGUUGUGAACUCAGUCAUCUGAAGCCUCAUGACACAGAGACCAAUUGUUAGCACAUGAAUGUUGACAGACAACGGAGUUUUGCUUUGAUUUGGUUUUGCUUUGGGUUUGCCUUCAUGCCUGAGCACAGCCGUGCUUACAUAAGUAUGGAAUGCUUUGAGAAACAUUGCAAUGUUCACAUUCUUGAUUAUGUUAAGAACACAUUGUCAUGUUAUUUCAAUAAAGCUCACUUCUUACUUUA